CUCCUGGAUCUAACUCUCCUCCCUUUGGGUCUGUGCGCCUCACUGGCUGUGGUUGCCCAGCGUGGCCUGAGCGGGAGCAACCCCCCUUACUGCUGCAUUUACCCUGUGCCACCGGACGUGCCAGGACGUGGAGCUCCGUUCCCGGGAACUUCAUCACAACUGCACACCAUGGCCCAAGCAGAGAAGAAAGGUGGACUGCUCUGGAAAUCUUCAGCCUCCAAGAAACCAUUGAAAGAGAAAGUUGUGCUAAUGUACGAUGCGAUCUUCAUGACGGAGGACCCCAGUAAAUGUAGCCCUCGGUUCUGGGAGGAGCUUUUCCUCAUGAAGGUGAACCUGGAGUAUCUAGAAAGCAAGCUGGAGUCUCUGGAUGGAGAAGAGUUAAUGAAGAUAAAAGAUAACAUUAACUGUUUGUUCCAACACUGCAUCCAGGCCUUGGGAGAAGAGCACCCAAUCCGAGUAGUCAAUGCAUUACAGACGUUAUGUGCGUUGAUUCGCGGCGUCCAUCAGAAGAACAAAUCCACCUCUGGGUUUGACAUCAUCAACAUGCUCAUGGGCUUUGACAAAGCAGAGCUGUGCAUGAAGAAUCUGAUGGAGAGCUUGGACUCGCUGCUUUGUGCAGAAGGCUCCGAAAGCCUGAAGAGUUUGUGUCUGAAGCUGCUUCUCUGCUUGGUAACGGUGACAGACAACAUCAGCCAGAACACAAUCCUGGAAUAUGUGAUGAUUAACAGUAUAUUUGAAGCUAUUUUACAGAUUCUGUCCAACCCACCUAGUCGCAGGGAGCAUGGUUAUGAUGCUGUUGUGCUUCUUGCUUUGCUAGUUAACUACAGAAAAUAUGAGUCGGUGAAUCCCUACAUUGUGAAACUCUCUAUUGUAGAUGACGAGGCCACGCUCAACGGAAUGGGACUUGUCAUCGCCCAGGCAUUAUCAGAGUACAACAGGCAGUACAAAGAUAAGGAAGAGGAGCACCAGAGUGGCUUUUUCUCAGCCUUAACCAAUAUGGUGGGCAGCAUGUUCAUAGCCGAUGCCGAUGAGAAAAUCUCUGUCCAAACGAACGAGGCAAUUCUUCUGGCCCUCUAUGAAGCCGUUCACUUAAACCGGAACUUCAUCACCGUAUUGGCACAGAGCCAUCCAGAAAUGGGAUUGGUGACCGUGCCGAUAAGCCCAAUUCCAACAACGCCAGUCACUCCACUCGGGACCACUCCGCCUUCUUCAGACGUUAUAGGCUCUGCCGAGCUGCCUUUGGAUGCCGAUGUGCAGACCAGCAACCUACUGAUAACCUUCUUAAAGUACAGCUCGAUUGUCAUGCAGGACACAAAAGACGAACACCGGCUCCACAGCGGCAAGCUCUGUCUGAUUAUCCUGACGUGCAUAGCAGAGGAUCAGUACGCUAAUGCUUUUUUGCAUGAUGACAACGUGAAUUUUCGAGUAAACCUGCACAGAAUGCCAAUGAGACACAGGAAGAAAGCUGCAGACAAGAACCUGCCCUGCCGCCCCCUGGUGUGUGCAGUCCUAGAUCUGAUGGUGGAGUUCAUCGUAACACACAUGAUGAAGGAGUUUCCUAUGGAUCUGUAUGUGCGAUGCAUUCAGAUCGUGCAUAAGCUGCUGUGCUACCAGAAGAAAUGCAGAGUGAGGCUUCAUUAUACCUGGCGGGAGCUCUGGUCAGCUCUGAUCAACUUGCUGAAGUUUCUCAUGUCCAAUGAGACUGUGCUACUGGCAAAACACAACAUCUUCACCUUGGCGCUCAUGGUAGUGAACUUGUUCAACAUGUUCAUCACUUACGGAGACACCUUCCUCCCGACGCCCAGCAGCUACGAUGAGCUGUACUAUGAGAUCAUCCGUAUGCACCAGAAUUUCGAUAACCUCUACUCCAUGGUGCUACGCCUUUCAACCAAUGCCGGUCAGUGGAAGGAGCCUGCCAGCAAGGUGAUGCAUGCGCUAGUCAAUAUCAGAGCCAUCAUCAACCACUUCAACCCAAAGAUCGAGUCUUACGCUGCAGUGAAUCACAUAUCCCAGCUCUCGGAGGAGCAGGUCUUGGAGGUUGUCCGCUCUAACUACGACACACUAACUCUGAAGCUGCAGGACGGGCUGGAUCAGUACGAGCGCUACUCAGAACAGCACAAGGAGGCUGCCUUCUUCAAAGAACUGGUUCGAUCCAUCAGCAUCAAUGUGCGGAGGAGCCUUGCCUUCAACACGCUGAGCCAGGAGGUCCUGCUGAAAGAGUUCUCCACCAUCUCUUGAGCCAAAGCCGCUCAGCUGCUGCGCGGGGCUGCCAGGAGAACAGCCCAUCUCGGUGCAAACACUACAGAGCUGCAGCCGACUGCCCCUCGCCUGUGGAAGGGACUGCACUUCCUGGGGGCGCCUUGCUGCUGAGCGCUUGAUUCCCAGUGCGUGCAUUCCUCCAGGAGAGAGACUCCCAUACGUACACGCGGGGGGCAGAUUUAGCUGAAGCAGGGACAUUGAUAUGCUGGAAGAGCAAUAGCGUCAUGGUGCCAGGGAGGACGCUGGAUGCCAUGGGUGUAGCUAGCUGCUUGGGCUGCAGUUCUGGCUGAGAACUAGCUGAGAGAUUCCCUUGGUGGUGGUGGGGGGCAUUAGCAAGGCAGAGAGCAGAGCUGGGGGGUUUUCCUCGCUUGAGCAGGGUCACUCCAGAGUUGCUGGGGGGCCUCUGGGGAGAGAUCGCUCACCUUUCUCUGCAGGAAAAAUAUAUUUCCUGCCACCCCCGCAGGCUGAGCAACCUGCCCUCAUCUACCCACGUUACAGAGACUAAGCACAUGGGGGCGGCACUGAGCAGCCAUCGUGUGCUGGGAGCUGCUUGGCCAUUUAGCAUGGAUCCCCCAGAGCCCCGUCCCCCCUCAGCUCACUGCCCAGCAGCCUUGGGAUUCAGAAGCCUCAUCACACCCAGGUGUGGGGGGGAGUCUCACUUCCAGGGCGCUUGGCUAGUCGCUCUGGCCUGAUCCUGCCUCCUCCAGGCUGCCUGUGACGUGCGUCACCAGAAGGUCAUGCGUGUGCUGCAGGCUGCUCCCCCCGGGCCUGGUCUGAGGAAUUUCUCAGCUGGAAAACGUCCACGCAACACUCACUGCUCCGGCCCAGGAGCCAAGAGGGCUGUUAGGUUGUAGUUGCUUUCACUCUGCUCUGGCCUUAAGGCUGGGCCUGUCAAAUCAGUUGAUGUUCGUAGAGCAGGACCAGCUCCCUUUCUCUCUCCCCCUCCCCUUUAUUACCCCUCAAAGGCUCUGCACUGCCAUGACUCUCCCUGUCCCCAGAGGGCUGGGCUAGCCGAGCCUGCGAGCCCCACUCUCAGCAUCCCCAGUGGCUGAGCGGACCCAGUGCCCAGAUCUUCACCAGGUGGCUGGAGCAGCCAGGGGCUCCUGUGCAGUCAGAUACAUGCACCAACGUAACAGGAAGCGUGGGAGGGGGUUAGUUCAUAGGCUGGUCCCAUCUCCAGCCUCUGCAAAGCGCUUACGGAGACCGGGACAGAGGCCUCUCCUCGGGGCAGUGUGAAAUGCAGCAGAUCUGCUUUAUCUGCUCAAGCACCCAGCCUUUUCAGAACGGUCCCUCUGCACUGAUUCCCAGGCCAGACAAUGGCUGUGCCAGCCUCCCCCAUCAAUCAAACUGGCCCCAUCAGCUCCACGGAGUGAGUGCGCUUUGAAGACGUACUUGGCAGAAUCCGGAUUGAAGUGCGAAGCAGAAGCCAGCUGCCAGCGCUGUCAUCUGCAUCCACCUUUUCUAGAAAACAAUAAAGUGCCUGUGUGAGAGGAGGCUGUGACUCACCCAUACUCGCUUGUAGCCCUCUCCCCACCACGGCCAAGGGAACUGUCCCAGCUCAAACGGAUCCUUAGCCUCCUGCCGACGCACCAGGGGCUACAGAACAUACGGCCUGGGAGACCAGCUGCCUUCCGUGGCUCCUGCCACUCUGAGCAGCCGACUGUUCCCUUGACUCUGAGCUCCCUGGCUUGUCGCAGCUGAAGCCAGGCAUUUCAUAUCGUUCUCCUUCGUUUGCAUGACAGCGUCAGCGGGACAGCCGCGUGCGGCCGCCAGAGCUCGGCCUGCCCCAGGAGAAGCCGGGUCAGCCUGGCAUGAGCUGAUUCUUCAGCAGCGUGUAAAUGCAAGGAGCUGGAGGUGCCAGCAGCGGGUGCACCACUGUCUCCUCUGAGUCCUGGGGAGAAGCCUGCCUGCUUCUGUUCUGCUGGGCUCACUUCGCUGAAGGUGACUUGAGCUGCUUCCUUUGGCCCUGGUACCAGCAAACCCCCCACACACACACACACACCUCAGAGGGGGCUGAGGAGGACUGGAGCACUGGGUCCCUCUUACAGAUUCAGUUUAGGCUGCACCUGGAUAGGUGGGGGCUGGGAGCAGGGCUGACACCUCCAGAGCCAAGGCAACUGACACCGUGUCUCAGCUUGUCCAUCUCGACCCCCACGAGACCCCAUCUCGUGCCACACCCCUUCCCUGGAUGAUGGGACGGCAGCAGGGCCUUCUCUGGGAUCAGACCUGAGGGCAGCUGCUGAGCCAACCUGCGUGUGACACUUGUCCUGUGUAGCAUCGCAGAGCCAAGAACUGAGCUAAAUAAACAGGAGUAUUUGCCUUCCA